AUGCCAAACGACGAUGCGGAGCAGGGAAGAUUACAGAUGCUACAUGAUAUUUUCCUUGAUGUUAUGGGUGGUCGCCUCUCGAUGGCUCCUCUCCAAAAUCCUCAAAAAAUAUUAGACAUUGGGACUGGGACGGGAGAAUGGGCCAUAGCUAUGGCUGAAAUAUACCCAAGUGCCGACGUGACUGGGACUGAUAUUGCCAAAAUUCAGCCAACUUCAGUACCAUGCAAUAUGGACUUUCAAAUCGACGAUGCCGAGUAUGACGGUGGGUGGACAUGGACCCCUAACAGCUUUGAUCUGGUCCACUUUCGAAACAUGAUUGGGGCAUUUGCAAACUGGAAUCAAGUCUACAAAGAGGCGUACAAGGCCAUCAAACCCGGCGGCUUCAUAGAAGUGGUGGAUCUCGAGAUCACCACCUUGCCGGACUACUUCCCUGAUGAACCGAUAGUCGUCAAGUGGUUUGACACUUUUGUAGAAGCAACCAGGUUGGCUGGAAGACCCAUGACUACUGUUCAUCUAGAUCCACAGGUUCUAGAAGCAGCGGGUUUCACGAAUAUUUCCGUUGUUACGAAGACGAUUCCUUGUGGAGUCUGGCCCGAUGAGAGUGAGGAAAAGAAAACGGGUAUGCAUUUCCUAUCCGUACUAUACGACGGCAUAGAGGCAGCAUGCCUCAAAGUCUUCGUCGAGCAGCUCGGCUGGGAACCCGAGGAAGUCACUAAACUUUGCAAAGAGGUGGCGAAGGCUAUCCGGGCCCUAGCACAAGAUCAGCGGAGAUCGCAAGGGUUCGGUAUGGACAUCAAAGUCCUUGUUGGGAAGAAGCCGGGUGGGAACGAGCUUGAAGUACCCGAUGACAAAAGCACCAUGGGCGACAGCAUGCGAACCAUAAGAAAUGGUCAUUUAUCUAAUGGGAAUUGA